CUGGAUGCUUUGAAAUCCACUGUGGACAGAACUGCUGCUGAUCUAGAGUCUUUGAGAACACAAGUAACCAAUUUGAAGAAAGAAAUUCAGAAAAAACAAGCCAGAUUAAGCUUUCUUAAAGAAAAAAAUGCAAGUCUUUCCAAUGAGCUGAAGCUUGUGACUGAGGAGACGCUCAGUUCAGAAGACAAAGCUUUGAGGAUGGAAGAAAUACUAAAGGAAGAAGAAAAAAUUGUCAAGGAAAAAGAAACAGAAAUGAACCAGCUAAAAGAACUACUUUUCAAGAAGACUCAAGAGUUAAAGGUACAGAAGGAUAAGGAGAAGUGUGUUCUAGCAGAAAUUGAGGGAAGUCAAACAUCACUUAAAAAUCUUAAGAAUCGACUGCACAGACUUGAUGAAGAUGCGUUAAAACAACAAGAAUUAAUAUAUAACCAGGAUUUUUAUAUUCAGCAAGUACAGAGACGGCUGUCACGGUUAGAAGGGGAGGUUAAUGCAGAUGAAAAACAAGUUUUGGAAGCAAAAGUUGCUGAACUUAAGAAAACCUUAGAAGAAAAGAAAAAUGUGUAUGAUGUUUUACAUGUGCAGCACAAGAAACUUCAGAGUGAUGUCCAUUUCAUCAAGAGAGCAAUAGAGAAGACAGGAGAAGAAACAAAUGGUAUGAUGAUCAAGAUAAAUGAACUAAAUCUUUUCAAUGAGAGAUCAGAUCAGGAAUUAAAAAAAGCUAAAACCAUUAAGCAGGAGAUGAUGGUCGAAGAUAAUCUCUUAAAACUAGAAUUGAACCGUCUUCAAGAUACUCUGUGUAGUAAGACAGAGAAAGUUCUAACACUGGAAAAACAAAAACUGCAGUUAAAGAAAGCUAUAGCAGAAAGAACUGAGGAAAUUAAGAUUCAUAAGGCAAUGCUUGAUUCCCGGAUAAGACUUGUAGAUCAGGAACGGCAACGCAUAAGUGCUGAAUUUCAAGAUCGUCUAAAUAAAAUUGAUAAGCUGAGAUGCAGAUAUGAAAUUCUUACUGUUGUCAUGAUGCCACCUGAAGGAGAAGAGGAGAAAACUCAUACCUACUAUGUAAUUAAGGCUGCACAGGAAAAGGAAGCACUUCAACAUGAAGGUGAUGAUUUAGAUGCAAAGAUCCGCAAAGCCGAGAAAGAAAUUGUAGCUCUGGAAAACACUUUGUGCGUACUUAAUAACUGCAACAGCAAUUACCAAAACUCUUUCAAGGAAGUCACUGAGACAAGUGAGGAGUAUGAGGAAAAAUUAAAACUAGAGGAGGAGAAAAGGGUUGCUGAUGAAAAAUACAGAUACAAACGAAGACAGAUCAAAGAACUUCAGGAAGAUCUCCAGAGCAUGGAAAAAGAUUUUGAUAUAGUACUGAAGCAGGAGGCCCUCUUCCAAGAGCAAAAGAAGGAAAAAGAAGCUCUUAUUUUGCAGCUGAACAAAGACAUAGAAGAGCAGAAGCCAAAACUAGAAAGGGUUAAAAAACAGUGCUCCAGACUGUCCAGAGAAAUUCAGUCUCUGAAGAAAACUAAAACAGAAACACAGGAAGAAAGAGACAUAGAUCUUCGUGAACUGAAAAGCUUCAACAGAACCUUCAACAAAUUGUUAGCCGAUGUUCUUGAAGCAAAUCCUGAUCUAACUACAGCCUUUCAAAUGUACUUUCACCAGUCUAAUUUAGAGCUUCCACCAGUUGGUUCUGCUGGCAGUAGUCAAAGUUCUCGAUCACCAUCCACACAAAGUUCACUAGCUUCUACCAGAUCCUCCAGAAGCGCAAGUUCAGGCUCUAGUCAGGCUUCAUCACUCAAAGUCAUAAACCUAAGCUUGCCUAUCAAUGUUCCUGCAGAAGCUGCUACUGUUGGUUCACAGCCAGCCAGCAGAGCUGGCACCUCAGAUAUUUUUAAACACAAAAAAAAGUCUUAA